AUGACUGAAAUAUCAAUUCGUGAUGUAUUUCUUUCAAUGCAAUUACCACCUGUUGAUGAAAUAGUUGCUAAUUCAAAAACAGAUUUUCGAACAAUUCGGAAAUCUCGUCGAUCAUGUUAUCGAACUUAUCAUAUUCAAAAAAAUGAAGAAACAAUAGAUAAUUCAAAUAUUAUUCUUGAUGAAUUAAUUCAAAAAAUUCAAAUAAAAAAUAAUCAUUUAAAAGAACAUUUACAACAAGAAAAUUAUGCUAUUGAAGAUUUAAUAUGUAAAAAACGUGAAAUUGAUUUAUGGCGUCAAUUAACUAAUUUAACUAUAUUACCAUCAACACGAAAAAAAUCUAUUAAUGAUCAAUUAAUUGCUUAUGAUUUAAAUGAAAAAAAGACAAUUGAAUUUCGAAAAGAUUCAAAUGAAAAUGCUCCAUUAAAAACUUGGAAUUAUUUAAGUCGUCAUAUAACAGAUGAUUUAAUAGGAAAUAUUCUUUAUGAAUCAGGUAAUAAUAAUACAUCCAAUGGACAUCAUGCAAUAAAAAAAACUCGAAGAACAAAUGAUGUAACACAAAAAAUUCUUUCAAAUACAGGAAAAUCAACAACAAUGAAUACAAAUUUACAAUCAAAAACUAAACGAACAACACGUCGUAGUCGAAUGUAA